ACUUAAUGCGUGCCGCCAGGUGAGUGUGGGUUAUUGAAUUUUUGCUAAAUGACUUCUGUUUAGUCGACCUAAACGUAUUAACUGGAAAAUACCUCGCUAAAUUUAGCAAACAGAACGGGCGUAAAGCUUAACAUGUGAUCCAAAGGCCGCAUAGUAUAUAUAAAACGUGCUAUACGAAGACUUGACUAUUUUUAUAAUUCGGGUAGAGCCGAGUUGUCGAGUGUAUUUAAACAGGCAAACAGUUAACUAACAAUCUUGAGAGGCGGCCAGGUUAUCAACGCCACGUGGUAAAAGGCGCCAAAAAAGACGAACGAUUUAUCGGUUUUACUAUUCGGGAAGCUACCAGUUACUGAAUUAAACCAGUAUUGUUACAUACGAAAAAAGGACAGUCUACAAAAGUAACGGACGGGACAUCAAUAACUCAUAUCAAACUUCGUGGUACGGAUUACAACCUGCUCACAGAUACGGAACACGGAGUGAAAUGUAAACUUUUAAAAAUGGACCACGGGUGUUCGAUAGUGCACAGACGUCAACGAAGUCGCACCCUUGCACCCCUGAUCAUGCCGAUGCCGAUUUUCCCAGUGAACGCACUUAGGGGAGGGGACGAUGAUGACCCUAUAGAGGGUGGCAAAGAGUUGUUCACGAACUUCGUUCAUGGUGAAAUAGUUAAAGAAGGCUUGGCGUGUUCACAAACACUGUCCGACAUUUGCACACCAAUUGGUUACAACAACCCACUGUGGGCGAAGGCGGGGAGGGAACUCCGGUGGAUGGCAGAUGCGUUUGCUAAAACCGAAGAAAGAAAGAAAAUUAGAAAACGAGCAAUGGAGGUCGGCAUCACUGAAGUCAGUUUCCAGCAGUUUUACGAUCUACUGAAAGAACUUUUUUUCGAAGGAGGUUUCACCAAAGAACGAAUCAUGGUGUUGUUCUUCUUUUGUACCGACGUAGCCGUGAGAUCUCUAAGGCAAGGGGCAGAACUCUUUAAACGAUUCUUGCAGUGGUCUCUGACGUUUAUUACUGAUAAUGUGUGUUCCUGGGUACAGCAGCAAGGAGGAUGGGGACGAGUGUUUGGUGACUGUGGUACGAUCCCGGCAAGUUACAUCGUGAUAGGGGCGGCGUUCGCAGUAACUGCGUACUAUGGGUGGAGGCAUUUUUCUCGAUGCUGACUUCCCACGGCAAUACGAACUCGCUCGCACUCGAGAUUCUCGCGCCCAGCGUGAAUCGUCGAGAUUUCAACUCUUGGACCAAUGGUGUUUUUUUUUUUACUUUUUCUAAUACCAGCGGGGACUAUUUAUUAACCAAACUGAAUCCAGUUUCAGUUAUAAGAGAAAUCAUAUGAGAUCAUUUCAGCCGUUUUUCAUGUAGCAAUAACGUUUUGUUGUUUUUUUUUAUCUUUGUAUUAACGACUUGGAAUCAUUCCAUUGAUCUAUGGGUUUUACCAUGGUGCAGACUACGGUGACUACCGGAAAUGACGUUGACAUUGGUAAACUGUUUUUGAUAUUCUGCCAAGAAGUGCCAAUAGUAACUAAACGUGCAGUGUCCGAAUGAACAAUGAUAGUCGGCUUUCUUGAGCUUAACUAUACUUGGUGUCUUUUUUAUUGCUCAGCAAAUGUUUUGUUUCUUCAAUUAUCUAUAUAGUCCUUCCCAGCCUCCAUAAAUAAUUUUUUUUUUGUAAAUAACUUCAGUUUGAUUUGACAUAAGAAGAAAAGUAAAAGUGUUUUGCAAAUA